AACAUUUGACAAAAUCAAACAACCUUCGUCACCUUCCCUUAAGACACAAACACUCUCUCCCUCUCCUCUUUCAAACCAAAUUAUUACUCAUUAAUUACCUUAACAUUACAUUAAUCUCAUUUUCUCCACACACAUUCAUAUAUAAUUAACAUACAUGCAACAACCCAGAGACCCAAAAUUUGUUCAAAUAUGAAGAACCGGUAUACGGUGCCGGAGAGACGGUGGUUCCUGGGUCUGGCCGUCGUGGGGUUGAUCGGAGCAGCGGUGUUCAUAGCCACCGCCAUCCAAACCUCCAUCCUCUGCCCCGCUUCGGUUGGGAUCCUAACCCGAACCCGGGUGGACGACGAUUUCAACCCGACACCGAUGCAGCUUAGGGCGAUACUCCACUACGCGACAUCGCGCGUGGUUCCCCAACAAUCGGUGUCAGAGAUCAAGAUCAGCUUAGACGUGAUAAAAUCACUGGGCCGGCCCUUCAAAUUUCUGGUAUUCGGAUUGGGCCACGACUCACUCAUGUGGGCCUCGUUCAACCCAGGUGGCACCACGCUGUUCCUCGAAGAGGACCCAAAGUGGGUCCACACCGUUCUCAAGGACGCACCGGGCCUCCGAGCCCAUACGGUUCGGUACCGGACGCAACUUCGCGACGCCAACAAACUCCUCUCCUCGUACCGCUCCGAACCCACGUGUUCUCCUUCUAAGGCUUACCUCCGAGGCAACGAAGCGUGCAAGUUGGCGCUGGAGAAUCUUCCGAACGAGGUUUACGAGACGGAGUGGGACCUGAUAAUGAUCGACGCGCCCAAAGGGUACUUCGCGGAGGCGCCGGGGAGAAUGGCCGCCGUGUUCUCCGCCGCAGUCAUGGCGAGGAAUCGGAAGGGAUCGGGUGCGACGCACGUGUUCCUGCACGAUGUGGAUCGGAAGGUGGAGAAAGCUUAUGCGGAGGAGUUUCUUUGUAAGAAGAAUUUGGUGAAGGGUGUUGGAAGGAUUUGGCACUUUCAGAUACCCCCUUCUAACGACACUUCUUCUUCUCGUUUUUGCUGAAACUAUAAACCAUAUACCCUUUACGCCAACUCUUUCUUCUUCUGUUGUUGAUUAGGGUAUGAUCCAAACGCAGAUAGAAACAGUAUACCAGAUGAGAUUUUAUGUUAUGAUCAAUAUAUUUACUCUUCUUUUGUUGUUAUUCGAAUAUUUGGAGACAGAAGGAAUCAAUCACUGGAUUGAAGGGUUGCAGGUGCUACCAUGGCCAUUGCACCCUUUGCCGACAAUGAUCGAUUCUCACAAUGCAAAUAUC